AUGCGCUUCACAUCCCUCGCUGGUGCAGUGGCACUUUCGGCGGCUGUUCCCACCCUCGGGAAAGAGCUCCCCAAAGAUGAGCAGCGUGCAGCUGAGCUUUACGACUCGGGCUAUAUCCACGAGAAGCUGAUCGAAACGAAGAUUGCGCACUGGGAAGCUGAAGAGGCAGCCGGGUUGAUGGACUCUACCCAGUGGCCUCGUCUCAACUACACCAAAUGUAUCAAUGGAAAGGCCGAGGCCGUCCCCGGCAAUCCCUUGUUGACCUUCAAGUGUAAGAAUAUUGAUCUGUAUGAUUUUAUUAAUCACGUUACGCUGGGCUCGCCCAACACGGAUUAUCGUGGCAAGAGUGGCAGCUCCUCCUGGGGCUGGACCGACCCUGAGUCUGGUCGUGAAUUUAUCGCCAGCGGCCUGUACGACGGCGUGUCCUUCAUCGAAAUUCUCCCCGAGGGUCGAAUGCUUCAUCUCGGUUUUCUGCCAAAGUUCGCUCCCGUUGGAGAUCGCGCGUACUGGACCGAAGUCCGUUCGUACAAGCAUUACGUCGUCAUUGGCAGCGAGCUUGAAGGCAAUGGUAUCCAGAUCUUUGACAUGACCAAGCUUCUGAGCAUCAAGCCCGAGGAUGCCCCUGUCAAGUUCGACAAUGCCAAGGACCUGACGGGUCACUACAACUCGACCAUGCCUCUUGGCCGCGCUCAUAACGUUGUCGUUAAUGAGGAGCUUCAGUACGGCGUCGCUGUGGGUGUCACUCCUCGCGACGAGGCCUGCAAGAGUGGUCUGCACUUCUUCAGCCUUGAGGACCCUAGCAAUCCUGUCGCCCUGGGCUGUAAUGGCGACGACGGCUAUGUCCACGACGCGCAAUGUCUCGUCUACCGCGGCCCAGACGAGAGAUAUGUUGGCCAUGAUAUCUGCUACGGCUACAACGAAGACACCCUUACUAUUUACGAUGUGACGGACAAGGCCAAUUCAAAGGUCAUUUCACGCACCUCGUACGAGGGCGCGUCCUACACCCACCAAGGCUGGGUCAACGACGUCAACUGGCAAGAGUACCUGUUCCUAGAUGACGAGUACGAUGAGUAUGACGCCUCCGGGCCCGGCACGGACGGAUACCCAGUGACAUACAUCUGGUCGAUCCACGAUCUCGAGAAGCCCAAGCAGACGGGCAUCUGGAAGGCCACGGAGCGGGGCAUCGACCACAACCAGUACGUCGUCGGCGACCUCAUCUUCCAGAGCAACUACGGAGCCGGCAUGCGCGUGUACGACAUCUCCACGGUCCUCUCGGACCCCACGGGCUCGGGAGUCUGCGAGGUGGCCUUCUUCGACAUCUACCCGGAGGACGACAACCUCCCCGGCGGCGGCACCAUCGCCUUCUCGGGCUCCUGGUCGUCGUACGCCAUGUUCAAGUCGGGCUUCAUCUUCAUCAACACCAUCGAGCGCGGCGGGUACCUGGUCAAGAUGAGCAAGCGCGAGAAGUGCCCGGCCAAGACGUGCAACGCAGACAACUGCCUGCGCGCGAUGCGGUCGGAGCAGAAGCUCGAGGAGAGCCGCGAGUUUUGCGGCGAGUUCACGUCCGGGUGGCAUGCGGACGUGUCGGCCGUGCCGUCCUACGUCGCUGCCGCGUGCCCGACCAACAUCAUCUCGCGCGCGAGCUCCGCGUGCUCGUGCCUGCCGACCGCGACUCCCACAGCUUGA